AGAGAAAAGGAAAUAAAAAAGCGAAGGAAGGCAGGCAGGCAGGGCAGCCAGCACCUCUCUUCUCUUCCCCCAAUUCGCCCUCAAAUCCGCCGCCCCGCAUUUCCGGAGCCCCCGUAGAUCUGGGACCGGACACCGACGGAUCGCCCCGCCGCCGCGGGACUCGCGUGAUCCGAUCCCGCCGCACCCACCCGCCAAGUUGGCGCCGCAGCGGAGGUCGCAGCGCCUCGCCGGCGGCGGCGCGGGGUCCGCCGCCGCCGCCGCGCCGACCGGGGCAGCGUCCGCGCAGGCAGCGGCCAUGGGGGACUCGAGCGACGCCGUCAUGGCGCGGUGGCUGCAGUCCGCGGGGCUGCAGCACCUCGCCGCCUCCUCGGCGGCCGGCGGCGGCGGCGACCAGCGCGGCUCCGGCGUCGGUGCCCUUGGGGGCGGCGCUGGUGGGGCAGGCAUGCUGCCGAGUCUGCUCAUGCAGGGUUAUGGACCACAGUCCAUUGAAGAGAAACAGAGAUUAUAUAUGCUGCUGAGAAGCUUGAAUUUUAACGGAGAAUCUUUGCCUGCAUCAGUCUCUGAGCCCUACACACCAACGGCCCAGAACCUUGCCAGUGGGAAUUCCCUAGAGGGGUUGUAUUCACCUGAACUUAGAGGCGAACUUGGAGCUGGCCUUCUGGAUCUGCAUGCUAUGGAUGACACUGGGCUUCUUUCUGAGGAUGCAGAUUCGGAACCAUUUGAGCCAUCACCCUUUAUGCCGAAGGAAAUUGAUGAUGAUGAGGAUGAUAUGUUAUCAGGAAGCCAGCAAGGUCUAGCAGAUAACUAUAAUGCAGUGACGAGUGAAAAGGAGAGCACCACCAGGGAAAACAAUGUAGCAAAGAUCAAAGUUGUGGUAAGAAAGAGGCCUCUGAACAGAAAAGAGUUGUCUCGAAAGGAAGAUGAUGCCGUAGAGGUGCAUGAUUCGUCGUCUUUGACAGUUUACGAACCUAAGCUGAAGGUGGACUUGACAGCUUACGUGGAACAACAUGAAUUUUGUUUUGAUGCUGUCCUGGAUGAGGAUGUUUCUAAUGAUGAGGUGUAUCGCGAGACAGUGGAACCCAUUAUACCAAUAAUAUUCAAGAGAACAAAAGCGACAUGUUUUGCUUAUGGCCAAACAGGUAGUGGCAAGACAUAUACAAUGCAACCUUUGCCUCUGAGAGCUGCACAAGACAUGGUCCGUCUUUUGCAUCAACCUGUCUAUCGGAAUCAAAACUUUAAGCUGUGGCUCAGCUACUUUGAGAUAUAUGGUGGAAAACUCUAUGAUCUUCUAUCUGACAGAAGACACUUACUGAUGAGAGAAGAUGGCAAAAAACAAGUUUGCAUCGUUGGUCUACAGGAAUUUGAGGUUUCCGAUGUCCAGAUAGUCAAGGAAUAUAUUGAGAGGGGAAAUGCAGCGAGGAGUACAGGGUCAACAGGGGCCAAUGAAGAAUCAUCCAGGUCACAUGCCAUCCUGCAACUAGCCGUGAAGAAACAUAUAGUCGUAACUGAUACCAGGAGACAAAGGGACCGGGAUGCUAAUGAAGCUAAAAACACGAAGGCAGUGGGAAAAAUAUCUUUUAUCGAUCUUGCUGGAAGCGAACGUGGUGCUGAUACAACAGACAAUGAUCGGCAGACAAGAAUUGAAGGAGCAGAGAUAAACAAGAGCCUUCUUGCUCUGAAGGAAUGCAUCCGGGCCCUUGACAAUGAUCAGAUACACAUUCCUUUCAGAGGAAGCAAGCUCACAGAGGUUCUCCGUGACUCAUUUGUCGGCAAUUCUAGGACGGUGAUGAUUUCAUGCAUUUCUCCAAAUGCCGGUUCAUGUGAACAUACGUUAAAUACAUUGAGAUAUGCUGAUAGGGUCAAAAGUCUUUCAAAGGGUGGCAACACAAGAAAAGAGCAGUCUAGUGCACCAACUAUAUCUACCAUGAGGGAAUCUUCAUCAGUUGAAGCUGAAGAAAUACCCAACCAGGUUCAGGAGAGGAGACCUGUUGAUACAUCUAGGAGGGCUGUGGAAAACUUUACCUCCAACUCUUCUAUGGAGCCUGACAGGAAUAGCAUUAGCAUGAUUCCAAGUUAUUCUAAUAGAGGAAAGGAAGAAAAUGGUGCAUCUUCUUUGAAUGACAGAACUGGUUACAACAGUAAAGCACAGUUAGUUCAGAAUUCAUCAAUUACCCAAGAAGAGGAAAAGGUUACAAAAGUUUCACCUCCUCGUAGAAAGGCUUAUAGGGAAGACAAAUCUGAAAGGCAAAACAACUUCACAAAGAAGGAUAGUGCAGCUGAGAUAAGCCGGCCCGGGUAUAAGGUGCAGCAGGUAAGGCAGUUGCAACAGCAGCAACGGCCAAUAUCUGCUUCAGCUUCUCAGGCUUCAUCAAGGCAAUCCGAAAAGGAAAGUUCUUGUGAUGAUGUGGAGAUAGAUGCAAUUCUUGAGGAAGAGGAGGCCCUCAUAGCAGCUCACAGGAAGGAAAUUGAGAACACUAUGGAGAUUGUGCGGGAAGAGAUGAACCUUUUGGCAGAAGUCGACCAACCUGGUAGCCUUAUAGACAACUAUGUAACACAGUUGAGCUUUCUUUUGUCACGCAAGGCUGCAGGCUUGGUCAGCCUCCAAGCACGCCUGUCGCGGUUUCAGCACCGCCUCAAAGAGCAGGAGAUCCUUAGCCGUAAGAAGUCAUCCAGAUAAGCUGAUCAUCACUCAGGAAUUUUGCCUGGUCAAUGAACCGACAGGAGCUCGACCGCAUUUCAUGAGAGGUUUCUCUCUUGUGGUCUCUUGUGAUGUUAAGGCUUAAUCAGUGACUUAAAAGAAGACAUCACUAGCUCAGGACAUGGUGAGUCGCCUGGUUGAUGUCAUUUCUGACUUGGUUGUCGGGUUUGAUCACCAGUUUGCUAAUGGUCCUUCUCACGGUUGGGCUGCUGCUUGGGCUUGUUUUUUUUCCGGCAGAUGCAUGGCUUGCCCUCAAUGCCGUUUUCUUUUUGUUAUGGAGAGACGUGAGAAAUGUAACUGUUUGCAGAUAUGGAUGGGUUUUUUUUUUCUCAGCGGCGACUGUACUUUAUUGACACAGAUACAUUAUUGUUGUAUUCUUCACUGAUAUUAUUUGCAUUGAAAAGAAAAGGGUGUGUGUGUGGUAAAGUACCUGAAAA